AUGUCUCGGGCGACGCAGGCACUCCUCACUAUUUUCUACCAGCUGGAUCACCGUAAGCUACGAACCGUGGACUUCAUGCGGCAGAUGGUGAGCCUCGGGAGCACUCACCCAGAGGGUCUGGUCAACAAAACGGAGUUCCGCCGUGGGUUGGAGCAACAUCUCGGGUUCACUUGCAGCAACGAUGAGUUCAAAGAACUCAUUCGUGUGGUCGGCGGAGCUGACGAGUUGAUUUCUACCAAGGAACUGGACCGAGCCAUGAAGAAGGCAGCUCGAGGUGAAGACGUCCUGGUUGAGGAGGAGGUGGAAGAGAUCUUGGACAAUGCAAUGCUCCAGGUCGAUACGGUCAUGCACAUCUCGAGCAUGAACGCCACCGAAGGGAUGUACGUCGCUCGCGCCCGAUGGAAAGGUGAGGAUGGCAAAGGGCCCAAGACGGAUGCGCGGCCUGGAAGCAUGAGCGGACCCGCAGCCGAAGACUGUCCGAUCAGGCAGCAGCUCAAGCUCAUCGGGAAGAAGGAUACCAACGUCGCCGUUCUUAGCAUCAUUGGGAGGCAUGGCUCGGGCAGUGAGGAGGAACUGGUCGGAACAUGCGAAAUAGACGUCCAGGAUCCGAAGCAUCACGAAGUUCAUAUUCUUCCACUGCUCAAGGAAGGUGAGUCGACUGGGGCGACUGUCCGCUUGCGAGUGAAGCUGAAAUCUCCUGAGAUUGGAGCCUUGCGGAAGCAGGCCUCCCAGGUGUCCCUGGCCCGAUCGGAUUCACACAUUGCAUCCAUCGGGUCGCCCCGACAGAAGAAGGACCCGGAAGAGACGCAGAAACGUUUGGACCUCCUCCACCAGCUUCAUGCGGACAAGCAAAAGCGGCUAGAGGAUCGACGGCUGCGAGAACAAGAAGAGUAUGCGAGUCGACUGCAAGAGGAGGCCCAGAAGCUCAGGAGCAAAAGCGUCAAGCAGGCGGAUCUCUGUCCCCGUGCUGCGGCUGAGCGCUUGUACCGGGACAGCAAGGCUCGCCAGCGCCGGCGUCGUGAGCAUCAGCUGAACACCUACCACGAGGACGAGCAGGUCAUCCUACGGUCCAAGGAGGAAAACAAGCGCUUUUUCAGCAAGUCUCACUCUGAAGCUGCCAACGAGAUGGUGUCGUCCGUGAACGCCGGGAACCGGCUGCACGACCACGCGCUCAGCAAGCAGAUGCAGCUGCGUGAGAAGAUCAAGAAGAAGAGCGAGGAUGAGGUGAGGGAAGCGAAGGAGAUGGCUGAUCGUGGGGCGUCCAAGCGCAGCAGCAGCACCGGGUCACUCACGGCUCAGCAUCGCCUCUACCACCAGGCCAUGGACAACAUGAAGCAGCAGAGUGAGCUCCGGCGUGCCAAAGAGGCCGAAGAGCACCUGAAGUUUCAGAAAGCG